AUGUCAGAUCCAUACACUGCCGAAGAGGGGUUACAAUCGUGGCCAAUCAGCGGGCUUGUCGCCGCGGUUACUUGGGAAGGCGGUGCGUUUGCAGAACGAACUUGUCCUAGAACCACCAUGAGCGCUUUGCUGCCCUGUUACAAGAGUCGUGCUUCUGCAUGGAACCACGCGGUUCGACGCCGGGAUUGGUCAUCGGCGCUCGGCCUUCCCCGAGUUCCGUAUGGGUCGUCGGCGCUCGGCUUUCCUCAAGUUCCGGAUUGA